AUGAGUCAGUUGCAGGCAUUCAAAAGCAUAGCGGGAUUAGUGGUGCGCAGUGGGGCCACAACAAGAUUAGGGUUACCCAAGUAUCGUGUAUUUAUACGAAGGAACUUGACAACGCCGUCACAGGUCGGGAGUCAAGAUGUGAUGGAUAAUAAGGCAUUGAUACAACCACAAAAGAUAAUCAACAAGCCUUCUGACCUGAAUUUAGCCAUAUCUGCUCGUGCGGCCUGGAGGUUGGCCCAAAUAUAUGAUGCCAGUAAGGAGAUAUUGAAAGUUGGUGUUGAAAGUGGUGGUUGCCAUGGUUAUCAGUACAAUUUAAAUUUAGUUCCAGAUUCUGAUACUGCACAUUUGGUGCAGAAGGAGAAAAUCGACGAAUUUGAUGAUGACAAUGUCAAAAACGUGGUUUUCAUACUACCCAACGGUGAAGGGAAAAUUGUCAUAGAUGAGAACUCACUCAAAAUUUUGAAUAAUACUACUCUAGAAUACACUACAGAAUUGAUCGGAUCAAGUUUCAAGAUAGCAAAUGGACAACUAAAGAGUAGUUGUGGUUGUGGUAGUAGUUUUGACUUGGAUAUGUAG